GGGAAGGGGAGUUUGAUGAGAAUGAAGUAUAUCAGGUUGCAAUGAAGACGCUCGUUACUCUAGCUGCCUUUGUGGCCGGCACUCUCGCGGUGUCCGUUGAGGAUUGUCCUGGUUAUAUAGCUUCAAAUAUUGUUGAUACGGAUGGAACGCUCACUGCGGACUUGUCACUCUCUAGUGAUGCAUGCAACGUUUAUGGAACAGACCUACCCGACCUCAAGUUACUAGUCGAGUAUCAGACUGAUACCCGGCUACAUGUGAAGAUAUAUGAUGCCGGCCUUGACGUAUACCAAGUCCAGGAACAUAUACUUCCGAGGCCAUCCAGCCAAAAUGUUUCUUCGUCAGAUGCCGCCCUACAGUUUUCACUUAUAGAAGAACCCUUCUCCUUUUUUAUUGAACGAUCUGGCUCGGGAGAGGUCUUGUUCAAUACUAAUGGUAGUCAACUGGUUUUCGAAUCUCAAUAUGUUUACCUUAGGACCCAGUUACCUAAGGAUCCCAACAUAUACGGGCUGGGCGAGCACACUGACUCUUUUCGACUUCCUACUGAGAAAUACCAACGUACUUUCUGGAACUCAGAGUCGCCAUUCAUUCCGCGGCACGCCAACCUCUAUGGAACUCAUCCGAUGUAUCUUGACCAUCGAGGGACUUCUGGUUCUCAUGGUGUCUUUCUCUUGAAUUCUAACGGGAUGGACAUCAAUAUAGACCAGACAGACUCGGGUGACCAGUUUCUAGAGUACAAUAUCAUCGGCGGUAUACUGGAUUUCUAUUUCUUAGCCGGGCCCAGUCCUUCCGAAGUUAGUCGACAGUAUGCUGAAGUUGUGGGCUUGCCUGCUAUGAUGUCUUAUUGGACCUUCGGUUUCCACCAAUGCAAGUAUGGGUAUUGGGAUGUCAAUUAUGCGGCCGAAGUUGUUGCAAACUAUUCUACGGCAAAUAUCCCCCUCGAAACGCUAUGGGGCGAUAUCGAUUAUAUGGAUCUUCGACAGGUUUUCACCACAGAUCCGGAGAGGUUUCCUUUACACAAAAUGCGAGAGCUAGUCGAUACUCUACACAAAAGGGACCAGCAUUAUAUUAUGAUGCUUGAUCCUGGCAUUCACAAGGCUGAGAACUACUCGACUUUCACUAGAGGCGAGGAAAAAAGCGUUUUCCUCAAAGUUGAUGGCGGAUCUGACUAUCGCGGCGUGCAGUGGGCUGGUGAGGUUGUCUGGCCAGACUGGAUCGCGCCAAACACUCAAGAGUGGUGGACAAACGAGAUCUCGCUCUUUUUCGACCCUGAAACCGGCAUCGAUAUCGACGGGGCCUGGAACGACAUGAACGAAGCGUCCAACUUCUGUCCCGAUGUCUCUUGCGACCCGGCACAAGCAGCUAAACAAGGCAACAAUCCCCCUCAGCCAACCAACCCUCCCCGAAACAACACCGGACGACCUAUCCCCGGGUUUCCGGAUGACUUCCAACCAGCCCCGACUGCCAAGUCUGGGAAGCUUCGAUCAAGGCAGACGACCGGCGGACAGAUGAAGGGCCUUCCCGACCGCGACCUCUUCAAACCCAAGUACCGCAUCAACAACCACAAGGGCGAACUGAGCGACUCCACACUAUACAGCAACAUCACGAACGCAGACGGCACGUACCAAUACGACACCCACAAUCUCUACGGCCUCACCAUGAUAACCGCAACACGCAACUCACUCCUAACCCGGCGCCCCGGAAGACGCCCCUUCGUACUAACACGCUCGUCCUUCGCAGGCGCCGGAUCUCGUGCCGCGCACUGGUUCGGCGACAAUAACUCGACAUGGUCCGACUACCGAGUAACUAUUCCGCAACUCCUCGGUUUCGCAGCCCUACACCAAGUGCCCAUGGUAGGAUCCGACGUAUGCGGUUUCAACGGGGUCGCCGACGAGCACAUGUGCGCGCGCUGGGCGCUGCUAGGCGCCUUCAUGCCGUUCUACCGCAAUCACGCGGACAUCUCGGCUCCCGCGCAAGAAUUCUACCUCUGGGACCUGGUCGCGGAGGUCGCGCGCAAGGCUAUCGAUGCCCGGUACAGGUUGCUCGAUUACGUGUACACGGCGAUGUACCGUGCUAGCACGACGGGUGAACCGAUAGCUAACCCGUUAUUUUUUGUGUAUCCGGAGGAUGGGAAGACGUUUGGGAUCGAUACGCAGUUUUUCUACGGGGAUGCGCUGUUAGUUUCGCCUGUGACGGAGGACUACUCCGAGUCUGUUACGUAUUACCUCCCCGAUGAUAUCUUCUACGACUUCUGGACGCUGGAGCCGGUCCGGGGGACGGGUGCUACAGUUACCGCGGAUAAUGUGACGUGGACUGACAUCCCGGUGCAUAUUCGUGGCGGGACGGUGUUGCCGCUGCGGACGGAGUCGGCGAAUACUACGACGUUGCUGCGGCAGAAUGAUUUCCAGAUUAUCGUUGCUCCGGGCUUGGAUGGGAAGGCGAAGGGGUCGUUAUAUCUGGAUGAUGGGGAUAGCCUGGAUGUGGGCGAUGCUAAGUCGGAUAUAAGCUUUACGUGGGAUGGGACGACGUUUAAGGCUGCUGGUAAUUUUGGGUAUUCGACUGAGGUUGUAGUGGAGAGUGUAGUGGUUCUCGGUGGUGAGAAGCCGGUUACUCAGAAGGGACCGUGGCCCCUUGAUGGGCCAUUUGAAGUCACAUUCUAAUCUUGAGUUGAAUCUUGAGAGGG